AUGACAAGUUCUUCAUGGUGAACCUUGGAGAUGAUCAGCAUUUAUGUUGCAAUAUACAGACUCUGGAAACAUAUAAAUACCACUCAUGCGUCAGACAUGCCGUCCUGGAAUUAAUAAGUGGAGGAUCUAAGGAAGGGUUCACUCAACUACAUUCCAAAUAUGAUUACCUGAAAACGUUCAUACCUAUACCGGAAGAUCCCAAUUUUAAAUUAAUCAAAGUAUUCGACAUCGAAGGAAAUCCUGUAGAAGAGAAAACAGAAUAUCAACUAGAAAUGUACGAUCAGGACAUGGAUAUCCUGAACUUUUAUGAUGGUAAACUUUAUGGAACGGCUCAUGAUAACCAAGUGGAAGUCCUAGUUGUGAAGUUCUCCAUAGUAGAUGAUAUACAUUACCUUAUGUAUAAAAACAAAUAUCUACAUGUAGCGGAUGGAAGUGAUGAAAUAAGUCUCACUGAUCGACUUCCGACUAAACAGCAAAGAUUAUUGUUUAUCCCCACGGAGGAUAACACAUUCCUAAUUUUCAAAUGGACUUCGCCAGUAUAUCUUACCUUUGAAACGCUCACGAAUAGGUAUAGUGCUGUCAGGUUUGAGGAGGAAGGAUUCAUAAGGCUAAGUGGUGAUCUUCUACACCUAUUCUUGAAACGAGUUUAGACGUACCCCUUGGAGACACAUUUUGAAUUAAAAGUCGAAAAUAAAUCGUCAUAUGGCUGCC